AUGCGGCCCGAUUUGGUUUGGACAUGUUUGGGAGAAAGUUCGGAGAGUUUUGUUGGUGAGGUGUGUCUUAGAGCUGGUGAAGUUACUGGAGGUGGGGGCGAUGAAUGGACUUCUGCAGAUCCUUUUGCUGAUGCCAUUCGGGCUGAUGAGCAAGGAGGUCAGGACAAAUUAAUUCACUUCUGUGCUCGCCCGGAAACAUCGGAUAAGAAACUUUUCCCAACUUUUGCUCGGACUCGGCCGCCUGAUAUUCAAAUAUCGAGGUCUGUGGCUUCACUGUUGCACGUAUUUCGAUGGCUCAAGGUGGCUUUUCUCUACUCCAGUAAUCCGGAAAGCCCAUUCAAGGAUGUUUCUCGCACGAUAGUUACCACUCUCGACCAGGCUGGGAUUCACAUCAAAUACGUCGGCACUUGGUCUUUUACAUAUCAUUAUGGAUAUGCCGAGAAUCCAUUCGACAAUAUGGUGGAAGAAUCUUAUCUUGACACGAGAAUUUAUGUCAUUCUGGGUUUUCAUUUUGAACACUUGGGUCUGAUGAUGAGCCUGCACAAGAAAGGUCUUUUGGAAAACGGAGAGUAUUUUGUUGUUGGAGUCGACAUCGAGCAAUAUGAAUCUGAACAUCCCACUAAAUAUUUAAAAGGUUUAUUAAAAGACGACAUCGAAGUAGAAGCCAAAGAGGCUUUUCGUUCCUAUCUGGGUGUCGUGGCGUCAAACCCGAAGGGAUUCAAUGACUUCGAAGUGAAGGUAAACAAGUACAUGCAGUUCCCGCCCUUCAAUUUCCCGAACCCUGCGAAAACCGUCGGUGGAAUGAAGAAGGUUCCAGCGGAGGGAGCCUAUUUGUAUGACGCAGUUUACGUUUAUGCCCGGGCAUUGAAUGACUGCUUGGCAAAAAAUGAAGAUCCAUUUAAUGGGCGAAACUUGAUGAAGUACAUUUUUGAGAAAACAUAUUUCAGUGCUAUGGGUUACAUGGUAUACAUGGACAAACAUGGUGAUGCUGAAGGCAAUUACUCUCUCAUAGCAAGAAAACCAAUUCCUGGGGCAGCAGGAGAGUUCGGACUGAUACCUGUCGGUGUGUUUCAGCUUCCAGAAAAUCGCAGUGGGAUUCAAGUUCUGAAAUUGAUUUCAGAUAUUGAAUGGAUAAACGGAAUACCCCCUGUUGACGAACCAAUGUGCGGAUUCCAUGGACAAAAAUGCGUUGUUUGGAAAAUCGCUAUUUCAAUUUUUGGAAUGAUGAUCGUAAUUGUUCUGAUAGUUUUAUUCGUAUCAUACAGGAAUUGGGCGUAUGAACAGGAGCUCGACAGCCUUUUAUGGAAAAUCGACUUCAAAGACAUCGAGAUCAAUGAAUGCGCUGCCUCUGUCAUUGCAGGACACAUUUCCAAGAAUAUUUAUACACUUAUUCGAACAAGCCAAGGCUCUCUCAGCUCAAACUUAGAAGGUGACUUUCGGUUGUCUAGCAUAUACACUACAGUGGGAGUAUACAAAGCACGUAUGGUGGCAGUCAAACAACUGCGGAAAAAGAACAUAGACGUCAAUAUGAGUAUGAAGAAAAAUUUCAAAGUGAUGCGUGAUAUGCGUCAUGACAACCUAAACCCUUUCAUUGGUGCCUGCAUCGAACCUCCAAAUAUCUGCAUCGUCACUGAAUACUGUUCAAGAGGAAGCUUAAAAGAUAUUUUAUCAAACGAAGAUGUGAAGUUAGACAACAUGUUCAACGCUUCUCUAAUUGGAGACAUUGUGAGGGGAAUGAUAUUUCUUCACGAAAGUCCUCUGCGGACUCACGGCAACUUAAAAUCCUCGAACUGUCUGGUGGACAGCCGCUGGGUUGUGAAGAUCACCGACUUUGGCCUUCAAGAAUUGAAAUUUGGUGCUGAUGUAGAAGACUGUGAUACCGAUUUAGAAAAAGUCUGUGAAAAACUCCUUUGGAAGUCGCCCGAGUUGCUGCGUGAUCCACAUUCUCCUAUAGGUGGCUCGCAGAAAGGGGACGUAUAUUCAUUUGGAAUAAUUUUGUUCGAAAUUAUUGGACGCAGUGGUCCUUACGGCAACACCAGAAUGCCAGCAUCAGAAAUCAUCAUACGCGUCAUAGAAGAAACUGAGGGGGAACCUUUUCGGCCGCCUUUGUCUAAACUUCAGGCCUCCUUCGACUGUGUCAUCAACUGUAUGCAGGAAUGCUGGCAUGAAGUCCCGGAGCAUCGACCAGACUUCAAAACUAUCAGAGCGAAAUUAAGACCGAUGAGAAGAGGACUGAAGCCUCAUAUUUUUGACAACAUGCUUGAAAUGAUGGAAAAAUACGCAAACAAUCUUGAAGCUCUUGUUGACGAAAGAACUGAUCAGCUUAUUGAAGAAAAGAAGAAAACUGAUGCAUUAUUAUAUGAGAUGCUACCAACGUAUGUUGCUGAUGAACUGAAGAAAGGACAUAGAGUGGAAGCAGAAUCUUUUGACUGUGUAACAAUUUACUUCAGUGACAUUGUUGGGUUUACUACAAUUUCAGCUCAAUGCAGCCCUUUAGAAGUUGUUAAUUUGCUCAAUGACUUAUACACAUGCUUUGAUUCGAUCAUCGAAAACUAUGACGUAUACAAGGUGGAGACAAUCGGAGACGCUUACAUGGUGGCGAGUGGCCUUCCUGUUCGAAACGGGGACAAUCAUGCAGCAGAAAUAGCAUCGAUGGCUCUAAACCUGCUAGAUGCCAUCAAAAGGUUUCCCAUUAGGCAUAAAAGGAACGAUGCCCUCAUGCUCAGAAUAGGAAUACAUUCAGGUCCUGUGUGUGCUGGUAUUGUGGGUCAAAAAAUGCCCAGAUAUUGUCUCUUUGGAGAUACAGUUAAUACAGCUUCCAGAAUGGAAUCUUCUGGUCAGCCUCUUCGGAUUCACUGCAGUCAAUCUUUCAAGGAUUUAGCAGAACAUGUGGGUGGAUAUGAAUUGAAAGAACGAGGAGUAAUAAACAUUAAAGGUAAAGGUGAAAUGAGAACAUACUGGCUAAUUGGUCAAGAAAGCUACAGAGAAAAGGAGAAAAAAAUCGACAAAACUACGAAAAACACGAAACCAAUAAGACGGUCGUCCUUAAAACAAGACAGGAAUUUUUCAAUGCAGUUUUCCAUGCAGCACAUUGUACCACGCUGUUUAAAAAGACUGCGCUUCACAUCAGCCAGUGUGCCGGACGCGAGCAUCGAUGUAGUUUCGUCAACAAAUAUUUAUGGAACAACCCAAAUUCAGUCAUGUGAUGUCCUUGGAACUUACCUACCGUUCUCAAAAUGUACAACGCGAAACUCAACGCCAGGAUCGUGUCUCAUAUCCAAGUCGAGUUCCCUGCCUUGUAUGUCGAUGUCGUGUGAACUGUGUCGAGGAGGGAAUAUUUCACUAACUGAUAAAUUAAGCACAGCUGUGAUCUCAAGGGAAAACUCCUACCCUCAUUUAUUUUUCAAGAACCAUCGGUGGGAGAAAUUAAUUCAGUUGCCGUCGAUUGAAAUAGCUGAAUACUCCGACGAAAAUGAUCAAACGGCACUGACUUUAUCCAGGGCUCAAAGUGUACCUCUUUUGUUGUAUUCGGGCCAAAAAUAUGAGUUUAGUUAAAAUAAAAUAUAAACCAUAUUUUU